GCCGCAACAAGCGGCAACAAGCUGAAAAUUAUUUAACAAAUACACGCUAUUUUACCAUUAAUUCUAUCUUCAUUCAAUUUUAUUUUUAAGAAUAUUCUAUUCAUUAUAAUGUCGCGAUCACGUCCGUAUAUCAAAAAGCGUUCAAGGACAGUCGAAUUACAUACAGACAUUCUUCGGGUAAAUACAAUGUUAAGUACACAAUAAAGCCGUAAUACAACCGUGAAAAAUUGCGUAACGCAAAGUGAAUUCGAUUAUACGCAUCACGUUAAACGUUGUUAAUUAUUUUGUUAAUAGUGACGUGUUAAUUUAUCAAUGUGUCUCAUGGUGCCCUUGUUUACACAGGAAUAAUGACGAUUGAGUUUGAAAAUUGAUUGAUGCAUUGUUUGGGUGAUAUUUAAUCGGGGAGAUGAUGAGUGUUUGUGAGUUUAGCGAAAACACAUGAAAAGGAUAAUUAAGACUAAUGAGGCAUAUCAGUGUUUUUGCAUUAGCCUUGCUUCACAACAUCGCUGCGAGUUCAUGUCUGGCUGUUUCCCUCAUUUUUAAACAUGUCUAUCCCUGCGCUGAUCGAACUCUUCAUUCUCAAGUGACGAUGGCCAGUUGCACUUACGAUAAGGACUGCACCGAAAACGCAUAUUGCUGGAAUCAUGAGACUUGUUACUGCAUGGAGGGAUAUUUGGUGAACAGGAAUCAAAGCGCCUUAGAAUGUCUCAAGAUUGCUUCGGAAAUUGGUGACCCGUGCACUUUGGAUGUGCAGUGCCAUGUGACCUUCACCGCUCAAGCAGAAUGCCGGAAUAAUAUUUGCGUUUGCAGCGAGGGAUCCCAUUACGAAUCGGAGUCCAAAAGAUGUUAUGAAUCGAUAGGAAUUGGGCACAUGUGUCAGACUUCUUAUAACUGUCACAUCAGUGAUGGAUCUCCAAGCUUCUGUGUCGAUGGUUUCUGCAGGUGUCCACGACAGCAUCAUCCCAACGGAAAAGAAUGCCUGAAAAGUGCUUUUCUAGGGGAUCAAUGCAGUAUCGAUGAUGAAUGUUUUGAUUUGCAUUCUCAUUGUACUGGAACGUGUACUUGCAAAGUUGGAUACGUUCGGUCCAGUGAUGGGAAACAAUGUCUGAAAGCCGCAGAAUCGAUGGGUGAUCCAUGCAUCGAGGAUUCUCAGUGUACCGCAUCUCUCAGAAAUUCCAAGUGUGGGGAUGAUAAUACGUGUACUUGUUUAGUAAAUUUGAAACUCCGGGGCUCUUCCUGCUUCCGAAAACUCAAUUCUCAGAUGCUCGGCAAAGGAUGCGUAAAUCGCGCCCAAUGUGUUGAGCCCACAAUUCCUGAAACUGCUCUCGAUGAAACGGAUGUGACGAAUGUUGAUUGCAUUAAUGGACGUUGUUCUUGCGCUGUGGGCUACACUCAAACGGAAGCAAUGGACGAUUGCAUCAGAUUCAGCGAAAAUGGUACAUCAAAGUCAAAGAAUGCAUCAGUUUCACUCCUCUUCUCUUCAAUACUCAUUUAUUUGGCACAUUUAAAUCAGGGCUGUAAUAAACAAUAAAAAAAUAAUGAAAUCAAAAUAACGCCAUGUUUAAUUGCGUCCACGAUAUUGAAAUUGAUCAAUCACUUAUCUUAUUUAAUUAUUUUUAGGGAAUUUCAUGCCUAUUUUUCU